CACUGUACACUCAAUAUUAUUUGUCAUUUUUUGUAUGUUUCGAAAUUCGUUGCUGAAAAUUGAAACUGGCUAUGUACACCGGUGGCACAGUGACUGGCGCAUAUCAGCUAGGCGUACAACAUGUAGGCUUGAGUAACACGCCCAAAGGUCGUCCCAAAAAAAGACCUCCAAACACAGGCGCCCUUCUUUUUAACUCAACUGAAAAUGGCACGCUAUUUUCGUUGCUUGGACAUGACUGUGUCUCAUUAGCAGCAGGUGUUGUGCAGUUGUUGAAAUCUGAUUCACGGAAUCCAGGUGUAUGGAUCAAAGCUCACAGAGGAGUGGUUUCACUGGUCAAGGACUAUGAUAAAAGAGCAUAUUUCUUACGCUUAUAUGAUAUUUAUAGGAAACAAUAUCUUUGGCAACAAAUGUUGUACAAGAAUUUCCAUGCGUCACAGCCAGUAGGAUGUCCUCACCUUCUAACAUUCGAGGGCGAUGAAUGUGUGUUUGGUUUGAAUUUUUCGAGUAAGGAAGAAGCAUACAGCUUCAAGUCUCAUCUCGAUAAACGCUACGAACAGGAAAAAAAGUCUCAAGAGAAAGAGAGGUUAGCAACGAGUGGCUCACAGUAUAUUUCACCCUCAUCUGGAUCAUUGGUGUUACCUUCCUCUGGCCGGACUCAUGCAGUUCCUCAUAGGACUGGCAUUACUAGUAUGGGUACCGUACCAAAUAUUGGUGGCGAGAUAUUUUGGGGAUAUUUACAAUUGUUCUUGACGAUUGCUGAACGUUCACAGAAGCACAAGGCUCAUCUUGGGUGGAAUCAAGAUGGUGGUUUCUCUCAAGAAACCUAUAACUAUGAUCCAAUGGAUGAUAGCGUGAAGGCUGUUUUACGUGCUGCGGGAGAGAAUCCGGAGCGAAUGUCUAAAGAUGAUUUGGAAUUUUCGAAAAAAUUCAUUACCGGCUAUCAAGAGGUACCUCAAGUACAGCAACCACCAACCCCAAUGCAUCACAGCCAUCCGAGGCCUUUCAUGACCUCUUCAAUUACAAAUUGUGUCACUUUAUCACCAGUUCCACCGCCACCACCUCCAUUAAUGCGUCGUGAAGGAUUUCAUAUCACUCCAGUUUCAAGGCCGCCGCUGAAACCCCCGGCUUCCAGCAAGCCUCCAGCGAGACCUUUGCCACAGCCACCUGGUGUAGUGAAUGGGACAUCAGUUACCUACCGACCAAAUGAUGUACCCCCACCGCCUCCGCCACCACCUCCGCCGUCAAGUUCUACUUGCUUAGUACCGAUGGCACCACCUCUUUCAUCAGUUUCUACGACUUCUCAUGCACCGCCUCCUCCUCCUCCUCCACCACCACCACCUCCUGUAACACACACCAGUAGUAUAGCACCUCCGCCUCCACCACCGCCUCCGCCAUCGUACACUUCCGCUCCCAGCAACAGUGGAGGAGGGAAAGCAAGUUUACUUAGUGAGAUACAAGCGGGUGUUACUUUGAAACAAGUGGCAACAAAUAGCAAUCAUGAUAAUGGUAUUACCGACGCACGCGAUGAAAUGAUGGCACAGAUACGGCAAGGGGCCAAUCUAAAGCCUGUAGACAAAGAAGAGAUCGAAAGUCGAAAAUCGAUACCAAAUGCUACAGAUGUAGCCGGAAUUGCAGGUGCAUUAGCUCGAGCUUUAGAAGAAAGGAGGAGGAAUAUGCGCAAUUCAGAUGAGUCAGAAUCGGAAGAAGAAGCAAAUAACAACGACAGUGAAUGGGAAUCAGAUUGAAAUUGCGUGCUGUCUCAAGUUUGGCAGGUAUGAGGAGGGCUGCACUUUCGUGUUACCUUUCCUACAUACAGUAGCCAAUGAUGUAUCGAAAUUUAGUGUAAUGAAGUUUUUAUUAUUUUAUGCUUUAUGGAUUUAUAUUUUUCUUAGAAGGCUAGUGUACGGAGUACAAUUACGCUGCGACCGGAAAAUGUGCUGCACUGAAUCAUCGAAUAUGUUUUGUUAAUUUUUCGAUUCCCACGUUUUCUAUAAUACUUUUCUUACCGAGC